UCCACAAUUUGGCGUGUUUGGUUUGAAGCUCAAACUAUGGAUUCUCUCUGAUUUUCUUAUUAAAGAAUAUUGCUAGUUUCAUAACAUAGUGUGGUUGAAUACGCAAACUGUAAUAUCUUGGUCCGUGGCGAUCGUGCGACAAGAAGUCAGCCCAUGAGUCACAGUCGGAACCCCCCUCAACGGGGUCAAGGGGCAGCCCGCGCCAGACAGAUGGGGCUGCUCCUUGACCUAUCCCCAGAUGGAGCAUUGGAUGAUGGAGGAAAUGAGGAAGAGCUUGAGGCAGAGCUUCUGGCUCUGAUGGGUGGAGGAGGGGGGAGGACACCAGGGAAGAAAGGUGGAGGCAGAGCUCCUGUUCCUAUGGCCGAAAUAGAGAAAAUGGCAGCUCUAUGUAUGAAAGACCUGGAUGAUGAAGAAGUAGGAGAUGAAGAUUUAGAUGAUGAUGAAGACUUGCUGGCAGAGCUAAAUGAAGUUUUAGAGGAUAAUGAGGAGGAAACUUCAAACCCUCUUCAUCCUGCCAUUGCCCCAAGUUCCAACGUCGAGCCCCAUUCUACUCCUAUUACUCCUAGUGGUUCUUCUGGACUGGAGUCCCGUCUUGUUGAACGCAUUGAUAUGUAUCAGACAGCUAUUGCCAAUGCUAAGGCUACAGGGGAGUCCAGUAAAGCUCGAAGAUAUGAUCGUGCACUAAAGACUUUGCAGUCGAUGUUGACAUCUGUCAAAAAAGGGAAGGCAAUCAAUGAGGAGGAGAUCCCGCCUCCUGUUGCUACUGGUAGAAGGCCCAGCCUUACAUCUCAGCCGGAACCAAUCAAGGAAUGGGAACUGCCAGCCCCAGCACUGAUGCCCUCCCUUCCCACCAAUCAGAAACCUUUGAGGGAGGCACCACCCGCAGCCCAUAAUGCUAAACCCCACCAUCUGACCCCACCACAGAAGCCUGCUCCUGCCAUUACCCCUGACACACCUGCCAUAUCGCCCCUCACCCCUUGCCAGCCUAAUGCACAGCAAUCAGAUGUUAAACAGACAGUGCUGUCCAGACAGAGGGAGUACAAGAUAUCUGCCAUUCAGGCCAAACAGGGUGGAAACUAUGAAUUGGCCAAGCAGCAAUACCUCAUUGCCAAGAAAAUGGACCCACUGGUGGAGGCAUUGGACAGAGGAGAGCCAGUGGACCUCAGUUCCCUUCCACCCCCUCCUGGAGAUGCAGUAGUAGAGUGCUCUUCUCCACCUUCCCAAGUCUCCUCUAGACCUGCUCCCCAGGCUGCUCCUGCCUCUGCUUCAACCCAGGUAACCAAUGCCGACCUGCCCGUCCCUGGCAGCAUAGCAGAGGCCCUGCAGCAGAGAAUGGAGAAAUACAAGACAGCAGCAGAGGGAGCCAAGAGCAAAGGAGAUGACCGCAAGGCCCGCAUGCACCAGCGCAUUGUCAAACAAUACCAGGAUGCCAUCAAAGCUCACAAAGCUGGACGGCCAGUCAAUUUGUCUGAACUGCCUGUGCCCCCAGGCUGUCCCCCACUCCAAGGAUCAGAGGGUAGUCAGCAAAACUUCAUGGGUGUCCUAGAAACAGCCAUGAAACUAGCCAAUCAGGAUGCAGAAGGAGAAGAGGAAGAUGAUAAUGGGCUUGGAGAGGCUGCCAAACCUCCAGUGCGUCUGCAAGCUCAAAAAGCUAAAGCUGCAGUUCCUUCGGUCUCUGGAAGCUCCUCUGCUCCCAGUCAAGUGUCCAAACUUGGACCUAAAGCCAAGCAGCAGCUUGAUUUCUUGUUGCUACGGCGGCAGGCGUUUGUGCGCGCAGCUCUGCGCUCCAAGCAAAUGAAGGACAUGGCUGGAGCAGCACAGCACCUCAGACAAGCGAAGGGACUAGAGCCCAUGAUCAGCGCUGCGAAGUCUGGCCUGCCAGUGGAUAUCUCCAGGGUUCCCAGUGCUCCUGUCAGUGAGGAGGACUACUCCCUGUCUCGAUCACGUGCCUCCCCUCUCUCCCCUCGCUCCAGUGAGCAGUAUCACCAACUCAUGGAGCUCCUACGACAGCAGCAUGAGAAAUGUCUAGGCUACUCUCAACAAUUCACACACAUGGGAAAUUUGGCUGAGACCACAAAGUUUGAGAAGCUAGCUGAGGAGUGUAUGAAGAAUAUCGAGAUAUUGAAGAAAGCCCAUACCAAGGGCCUUCCUGUUCCCAAGUGCCGCACUGAGGAGAGGACAUUCAACACUGUCAAGAUUUUCCCCAACCUAACAGCAAAUGACAUGAUGCUGUAUAUCAUCAGGGGUAUUAAUCUACCGACUCCCUCAGGUGUCUCCCCCAGUGAUCUGGAUGCCAGUGUGAAGUUUGAGUUUCCUUUUCCUAGUGUGGAAGAGGCCCAGAGGGAUAAAACUGGCACUGUAAAGAACACCAACAGUCCAGAGUUUAAGGAGCAGUUCAAACUGAACAUCAACCGUGCCCACCGUGGCUUCAAGCGGGUGGUCCAAUCCAAAGGCAUUAAGUUUGAAAUUAUCCACAAGGGGGGUCUGUUUAAGACCGACAAGGUAGUGGGUAAUGCACAACUGAAGCUGGAGACUCUGGAAAACCAGUGUGAGAUCAGAGAGAUUUUAGAGGUGUUGGAUGGGCGUAAAGCCACAGGGGGCAAGCUGGAGGUGAAGGUGAAGAUCAGAGAGCCUCUGGGACGAGUUCAGCUCCAGACAGUCACAGAGAAAUGGCUGGUCCUUGAACCCCUGUCCUCUCCCUCUCCCCCAGAUAGACAAAAGGAACGGGCCCCAUCUCCACAGAUGAAACCCAGGAAUGAAGCAAGCAACAGGAGCAGUCAUCCCAGCCACUCCCCCCCACAGUACAAGCUCCAUAGCUUCAGCCUCCUGCAUUAUGACAAGGAGAAAUUUGAGAGGAAGAUUGCUGAAUACAGGAAGAACCGACGGGAUCCCCCUUCCGACCUCAUCCAUCAACAUAAAGAGGUCACACACAGACUGCAGUGGCAGAAAGCACAGCUAGAAAGAGGUUCUCCUGUUCUACUGGCAGAAUAUGAGAAUGUGCUGCGGCGUUUUGCACAUGGACUUGCUGACUCUGUGAAAAAAUUUUCUAGCCAAGGUAACAGGGAUGCUGCCAAGGAUGCGCUGGGCAGAUUGAAGUUGGUAGAGAAUGAGCUGGAAUCUCUGAAAAGACGACGCACUGUAUAGGAGAAGAGAAGAUUGAAAAAGGGAGUGACAAUUGAAGUACUGUUAUAUCACUACAGACAUAAGUGUGUGUGCAGUCAUGCAAAUACACACAUAAACAAUGCCGUCCUUAAGCACCUUUAGCAUGAUGACACUCCAGUAUGGCUCCAUAAUGAGUAAGAACCCUUGUGAUUCUGUCAAGAUAAAUACAGUAGAUAUAAGAACCAUUGCCAUUUCUGUUUAGAGCUCUGAUGUGAUCAUUUUGCAAACUAGUAACUACAAAAGGACCCAUUCAUGGACACUAACAUUAAAACAUUAUAGACGGAGGUUUAUUUGCAUUCACAAAAAAGACAAAAACUCAACAGAAAACUGCUUUCACUGUAUUUCUUUGAGCAUUUACUCUGAUAUUUUAUUAUCAUUUUCCUUCUUUCUGUGUUUCUUUUGAAAAGUUUUUCCUCUGGUGUCUGAAAGAAAAGUGAUUGAGAGAAAAAAGGAAAGAAAGAAAGAACAAAUGAAAGAAAAGUGUGUAACCCAUAGACUAAAGUGUCUUUAACUCUUUACCAUAUUGUGUGUAUAAUGAGCUUUAAUCUGUCUGCUUCAGUAUUCCCAGAUUACAGUAAUCUGCAGCAUUUGGAGUGGUGUGAUAGAGGAAUAAAAUGGGGCUCUGGGGUGCCGCAGCUGCUGCAUCCCAUAAUGAGGGAUUAGUGUCACCAAGGAGACAAUUCAUUCAGAGAGCCACAUACAGGGUUGGUGAUGUGGGGUGGUGAAGGAGGAUAUACACCAUGUUGGGAAUUUGGCACAAGAUUAGCUUUAGAAAUGUACCUCUUCUUCUUCUUCUUCUUCUUCUUCUUCCUGUUUAACCAUUCUUCUGUGUUGUCCUCUUCAUAUCUGCCCUCUUUAAACUAACAGUCAUCUCCCGCAUGUAUUUGGUGGUUCACUAGUCUACUGUCAAAAGACUAUCAGGCUGUUGCUCUUGACUUCCUUGUAAAUCUUAAGCAGACAAGUCAAUCAGAGAAAAUAAUUGCUUAAGAUGUGCAAUAUUUACUUUUCUACUGUAACAAAUCAAGAAGAGCGAAGGUGUACAACAGUGAAGGCUGUAUCGUAUACAUGUCAUUAUGGGGAGUGGUAAACAAAGGACAGCACAAUGGACUGCUGACUAGUCUACUCAGAUAGACAAACAUGCAUGGCUGAGGUUGGAUGUGUUCACAUUUUGUAUUCUUGUUUGUGAAGAAUUUUGCAUCCCAUAGUGGACAUCAUCCAAAUGCUUCCAGCAAAACUUUCUAAGAGUUGAAUGCUGGUUUACAGAUAAUGACAUGUUGGAAUGAAUAAUGUGCAUCGCUGUAAUAUUGCAAGAUGAAAAAAAAAUCCCUUAAAUAUAGCGUUGCAAAGGAAGUGACUGAUGUUUACUAUGGUGCAAACAAUUCCUGCAGCUAGAUAAUGUGCAGCCCUCCAAUAAUAACAUGAAAAGAGACAAAUUUUCUCAUUUUGGGAUCAGUGUGGAUCCUUUGUAACUGAGCCUUAAAAGUUAAAUUUUUGACCUUUCUCUUCAUUUGUGAGUGUUGACUCUGUCAGCAGUUUCUGGGUCAGAUAUAAGGGCCUCAUCUAAUCCAAACCCUGUGCCACUGCAUUGGUAGAUACAUUUGGUUAAUCCUAGUUAAAGCAGGCCUGAUAUGGGAUCUCUAUAGUCUGUAGUUAUCCUUCCAAACACCCCCCUCCCUUUUAUUCUUCUCUGAGGGGACAUCUACUCGGUUUUUGUGAGCAGUUUAUUCUAAGUAUAUUUUUGACCUGCUGGUUGUGAAAUUUGAGUAAGUGCAGAGGACACACUGAUCUAAAUCUCUACCAACAGAGACCGAUAUGUCAAGUGGCCCUUAACUUUAAUCUACAUCUAGAAUGACAGAGAGAGACAGACUGUCAUUUCUUUGCUUGUUUGCUUUACUUGUGCCAGUACAGAUUGUUGAAUGCCAUCAAGAGCCACUGUCAGACUCUGAUUUAACUAACCGUGGGUUGCAAUGUGGCUGUGUGUUUUUAAUGGGGUCUGUGUGCAUGCAUCUGCCUCCUAAGUGCCCUUUUCUUUCACUCCAAGUUGUCUCUCCCACCGAGGGCAGCAACUUUAACCCUAAACUCACACACGCGCGUGCGCGCGCGCACACACACACACACGCGCGCGCACACAUUCCGAAAAAGAAAAGUCAGCCCAUAGUAAGCUUGUGGUCUUUGAGACAGUGCUAUUGCUUUGGCUCAUCUGCAUUCUGUGAGGUAUUUGGGUGAUCAGGACAGGCACAUGGAGUGAUUGCUAGUUAGUCUUGGUGGUGGCAGCUCAGAUUCCUCUCCAUCACUCACACACACACACACACACACACACACCUUUCUGUUUCCGCUGUCUUUAUUUUGAUCUUUUUCUUUCCAUCUUAUUAUCUUUUUCUCCUCUGUGAGCAAAUCACAAUCCACAUUAAGGGAAAAGUAGGAUGGCUUGUCUUUACUUUUUGACAUCACUUUCAGUAGUGUAUUUAUUCGUGAGUGUCGGUAACCGUUUUUGGGACUAUUACAUUUUCAUCUGUUAUGUCAUAAUGGCAAUCAGUAAAUAAGUAUAAAUUUGUGAAUAUAAAAUACAGCAUCUAUUCUAUUUUUAAUGGGGAAAUGUAAUUUGUGUGUCUGUGGAAAUGCAUAAAAGCCUCAUAGCAUAGGCUUUCUUUUUUUGUCGUGGGAAUUUCA